GUGCUGACAUUUCAGUUGGAACCGGAGCCUGUGCCGCUCUCGCUGCCGCCGCCGCCGCCUGUGAUCAUGGUGACUGUGUCCUCGUUCCUUGCUGUUUCCACCGCCACCUUCACCCUCUGCAGUGUCCGUUUCAUCUAGCGAGAGGUGGCACUUGCAAUUAUGGAGGCUUAAGCAAGAAAGGAGUUGUGGGGAGCUUCCCCACCCCCCUCUGGUGGCUGACUUGGAUGAAUGAUAUUCAGGAGAGUGUGGAUGUUUUGACUGGAAACUUACAAAAAUGUUUAUUUUCCAUAGAAAUAUUUCAAUUAAAUUUCUAUUUUUGUCUAUUUAAUUGCAAGAAAGUGCCAUAUUAUAGAUCGUAUUUUAUAUCUUAGAGGAACAAUCCUCUUAAAACCAGCGCUGCUGUUAUGUACUGAACUAAUGUAACGAAGGAUACAAGAUUGCUAGAGUGCAGUGUUUUUAUAACACCAGCACAAAUCUAGCGCUUUAAUGGUACAGCUUCCAGACAAUUAAGUUCCAUAGUCCUCUUUGGAGUUUACGCCAUUUUGAAGACCUGGAAGUGGGCACAAGAUGAAUUCUGUGAUGGCAGACUGCACUCCAAAGUGCCGCUCUCUGCAGCAUGCCCUUGACAUGAUUUCAGUGUUGACUAAGGGAACUGAAAGUCAGAGUAAAGCCUUCCUUUCACUGUAUUGCUACAAUGCAACUUCCCUGAAAGAUGGCUUUGGCAGGACAGUUCUACACAUGGCUGCAUCUUGUGGCAAAAAAUCUGUUUUGGAUUGGCUCCUCGAAAAGAAAGGGGCUGACCCUUCAGUGAAAGAUAAGGAAUCUGGAUGGACAGCUCUGCAUAGAAGCAUCUUCUAUGGACAUGUUGAUUGUUCUGUGUAUCUUCUCAAGCAUGGAAGUAGUCUUCAUAUACAAGAUAAAGAAGGGUUAUCUACACUUGACUUGGCCAUGAAAGAUAGACCGUCACAUGUGGUUUAUAGAAAGACUGAUCCCACUGAAGUCUAUACCUGGGGUAACAACACUAAUUUUACCCUUGGCCAUGGAAGCCAACAAAGCAAGCAUCAUCCAGAGCUUGUGGACUACUUCUCUAGGUCAGGGAUCUACAUCAAGGAGGUUCUGCUUUGCAAAUUUCAUUCAGUUUUCCUUUCACAAAAAGGUCAUGUGUAUACCUGUGGCCACGGCCAAGGAGGUCGACUUGGGCAUGGCGAUGAGCAAACGUACCUUGUUCCUCGACUGGUGGAAAGUUUAGCAAGCCAUCGUUGUUCUCAGGUGGCAGCUGCAAAGGACCAUACAGUUGUUUUGACAGAAGAUGGAUCUGUUUAUGCUUUUGGACUGAACACUUAUUAUCAGUUGGGCAUUGUACCUCCACCAGUCAACAGUAGUAUACCAAGGCAGGUACAGUCCAAAACCCUUAAAGGAAGAACUGUGAUUGGAGUUGCUGUGGGCAGGUUUCACACUGUUCUGUGGACAAGGGAAGCGGUAUAUACCAUGGGUCUGAAUGGUGGCCAACUUGGUUACUUAAUGGAUCCUAAUGGGGAACGAUGUGUGCUUGCACCUCGGCAAGUAUCAGCUUUGCAUCAUAAGGACAUAGUGAUCUCUCUCGUAGCUGCAAGUGAUGGGGCCACUGUGUGUGUUACGGAAAAGGGAGAUGUUUAUCUGUUAACAGGCUAUCAAUGCAAGAAAAUUGCUUCCAGGCAGUUAAACUUGAAGAAAAUUCUUGUUACUGGUGGACACCUGGAUCAUAAAGUUGAUCCUCAAGUACUUAACGAAGGAGGAGGUGAAAACGUUUGCAUACUUGGUCUUGAUGAAUCUGGCACAGUGUUUUGUUGGCGAUCUUCAAGCUGCAUAAUUAAACAGUGUCGGUGGGCUUAUGGCCGUCAAGUCUUCAUGUCAGACAUUGCUUUGAGCAAGCAUGAAAUGAUGUUUGUAACACAAGAUGGUGAAGGAUUUACAGGACACUGGGCAGGAGGAGAAAAAACAAAUUUGGAAAGGAAAGAGGAAUUGUCCAAUGCUUUGCAAAACCCUUUGGAUCAUUUUGUUAACACUAUUGGAAUGAACAACAGCUUGUAUGAACGGAUUAGACUUGAAAAGCUUCCUUGUGUUCAUCGUGCCGUUUCUGUCACCAUGGAUAUGAAUGGGCGCAACUUUGCUAUUCUACAAUCUGAUCCUAAAACUAGCUUGUAUGAAAUUCCAAAUGUGUCUUCCUCCAGCUUUAGUGAAGACUUUGGCAAACUACUCAGGGAAGCCACUGAAACUGACAAUAUCCACAAUGUCACUUGUCAAGUUGGCAAUCAGGUUUUUCCCAGCCACAGGUAUAUUCUGGCCAUGCGAUCAGACUACUUUCGGAAGCUUUUCUUUCCUGAUGAAGAACGUGUUGACAUGCCUGAUAUCCGCCGACAGGAAGGUGAUACAAUGGGAUGUGACUUGUACAUUCUGGAUAAGAUUCAAGCUGACAUGUUUGCCUAUAUUUUACAAUUUAUAUAUACAGAUACUUGUGACUUGCUAACUGAAGGCUACAAACCAAAAAUCCAUUGCACAGAUAAAAUAGUAACUUAUCAAGAUCCUUUAAUAUCCAACAUGGAAGAAUCUAUGCAGAAUUUCAGCUUUUGUGAAGAAGUGAAAGGGAAAUCUGCAUUUGAAGUUUAUGAAAAUUUGCCAUGUAAAAAAUCAAAAACCAAAAGUAAAAGCAACAAAAAAAGCAGAGGGCUUAAUGAGGAGGCUAAUCCAAUUAAAAUGCUGCAGGUUAUGGCAAAAAAGCUUGGUCUUGCCAGUCUCUCUGCAAGAUUAGAAGGGGUCAGAUUGGAAAAUUGGAAGAUAAAAGUUGUGCAUAAGAAAGGUGGAAACAAAUUGAAGUUUAAUCGAAAGAAAUGUUCAUAUUUGUGUGAUGUAACUUUGAGAUCUAAAGAUGGAAAAGAAUUUGACUGCCACAAAUGUGUGUUAUGUGCAAGACUAGAAUACUUCCACAAAAUGCUGAGUAAUGCCUGGAUUGAGGCAUCUUGUUGCACAGCUUUGGAAAUGCCCAUUCAUUCUGACAUUUUGGAUGUUAUUUUGGAUUAUAUUUACACCGAUGAAGCACCAAUUGUCAAAGAAUCAUCAGACGUGGAAUUCAUCUGUAACGUACUCGUGGUUGCUGAUCAGCUUCUUAUCAAUCGUCUAAAGGAGAUUUGUGAAGUGGCUAUUACAGAAAAAUUAACUUUAAAAAAUGCUUCAGAACUUUUGGAGUUUGCCUCAAUGUACAACGCUGAACAGUUAAAACUGUCCUGUCUACAGUUCAUAGGUAUAAAUAUGGCAGCUCUGCUUGAAGCAAGAUCUCUGGACAUUCUCAGUGAUGAAGUACUGAAGGAGCUCUCAGUUGCUUAUAGGAAUAUGAUUCCAGCCAUGCAGAAAAGGAUUAUCACUCCUUAUCCAGGUGGCCCAGACAUCAGGUUCUUGAGCGAGGAGAUUGAUGAUCACUCCUUAGCCAAUAUAAUCGAAUUAGACUUUGAGUCAUCUUCCAAAGAAACACUUUUCAAAAAGGCAAAAGUAAAGGCUAAAAAGAAGCAGAGACGGCGUUCUGACAGUUCAGGAGGAUACCAUUUAUCGGAUCUCAUUCAGAGCACAACUUCAACAGAUUUACAAAGACCAGCAAAAACUAAUUCGGUAGAAUCCCUGCAUGAAAUGUUGAUGUCUGAUUCUGAAGGCAGCUAUGCUGGUGGAGUAGCCAGCCCCAGAGAAUUAGCUUCACCUGAUUUUUCAGCUGGACUCUCCCAAGAGAAAUCUGAGAUUGAUGAAAAGAACCAUGUUUCUGAGUUGAAAAAUCCAACUGAAGAGGUAACAAUGCAUGAGAAAAUAUGGACUCGUAAGGGACAGUCAAAUCUAAAACCCAUUCCUCAAUCCAAUUCUGGAAGUGUUACAGGCUGGGUAACCAAUUCUGUCAGUCCUACAAGUCCUCCCACUGUAGGCCUACGAGCUAUCAUGGAAAUGGAAGAAAACAUGCAAAAAUGUGAAACUGCACCAAAGACUAAUGCAAGUGGAAAUAAAUCGUUAUGCCAUGGAGUGAAGCUUUCUCAGAAACAAAGGAAGAUGAUUGCAAUGGCAGCUAAAGAACCAAGCACAAACUGCAGACUGGACACCACACCUAUGAAAUUAACUUUGUCUGCACCAUUAACCCCAUCGAAGACAGGAAAUGCUUGGGCAACUCCUUUCAAUGACGUUGCUUCCCCUAAAUCAUUCCGUGAACUACUGAUGCAAGAAAAAUCAACAGAAAGAGCAAGUGACUCCCUGUCUUCCGGCUCAUUGGAUAAUAAAUCUAAACAACAAGAACAACUGAGCAACAAACAUGAACAACCUACCAGUCCUUGGUUAAUGACAGUUGCUGGAAGCCCACCGGCAAUACCUCCAAUCACAUUUGCUGCAAUAGUGGAGGAGGAGCGUAAGCAAGAAGCUGCACUUGUGAAGAGCAGAGAGAAACCAUUGGCUUUGAUUCAGAUUGAGGAAUGUGCUAUCCAGGAAUUACUAAUCCACUAUCAAGCCAGUAACAAUCCUGAGGAGUUUAUUAUAAUCGAUCGAUCACCACAAGGGCCCAUAGCAACCCCAAUAUGGAGUAAACACUGAUUGUUUUAGCUCAACAGUCAACAAUAACGAUGUUUUGAAAUUAAGUUGGUCAGGGUUUACUCUGAAAAGGCUGAACUUUCAAGAUCAGAGGAACAAAUAAUUGGUCCUUUUUCUAGAUCUACUAUUGUUUGAGUGUGCUGUUAACAACAUAGAUUUAUCUAGAAUACAUAUCAUUUUCACUGGCACACUAAAUUUGGAUUUUAUAUAUAUUAAUUCCCUAUCAGAUAUUGACUUUGUUUUCUCUCCGUACAUGUACUUUCAAAGUAUUGUAUACUGCAGUUGCAACAAUGCUAAAUUGGUAGUAGAGAAUUCUUCCAAGAAAAAUGAACAGAUGUUUGGGGAGCAGAAGCUGAAGUCCUGAUUGGGGUCAGUUAGAAAAUUAUAGGUAUUAUUAAAAUCACAAUUACUUCAACUAGCAACUACAUUUUUUUUGAAGUACCAGGGAGAGGAGUAUUUAUCUGUUACGCUUUAGACUUGUGAUUUUUUUUUUGUUUUGUGCAAGUUGCAACACAUUGCAUGGAUUAAAUAGAUAGAGAACAAAUUAGUUUAAUUCACAAAUUUUGCGGGGUUGUCACAAGAUGAUGUGAUGAUCAGAACCUUGUUCACAGAGGAAAAGAAAUCAACCAUCUUGAUAUUUAAAAUGCAAGCAGUGGUGGUGGCUUUAGAAGCAAGUUGACGAUUGUCUUAAGUGGAGUCUCAUUAAAGGCACACUGGAAGAAAUGUCAUUUAAUGGUCUUACAAUGACACUAUUGUUGACUCAUUUUUAAACUCUUCAUCUACUGAGGGUUAGCAGUGUUUGCUGAUUUUGGAGUACUGCAGUUCAUGACCCAGAUGAAAUAUUAACUUAAACUGUCAUUCGUAGACUUGUAGUAAUGUCAAAAAUAACGAGGAAGAUUCAAUUUAUUAUCCAGAAGCAUGUAAUCUCCAUAAAAUCAGUACUUUCUUUAUACAGCUAAACCAAGGCUAAUGGCUACACCAGGUUGUUCUUUCCCUCUGUUAUUUCUAAAAUACAUUUAGUUUAAACUCCAAUCAGUGGCCACUAGCACCAAAGUUGUCACCUUCAUUUUUGGUCUGGCUCCAGGUAAAUUCGUAGUCUCGCCUGUGGACAAAUCUUAGGUGGUAGACCUUAACAUGACCAGCAUGGUUGCUGUUUAUACUUUGCAGUGGUGAAAACAGUGUGUGUAAGUUCGGAAUGAAAGUCCCCUCUUGAACAAUUGUGAUACUGCAAGUAGUGGUCGCUUUGCUUUUUUUAAAAAAAAACUUAACAGGCUUGGAUUGCAAUUGGAUCCAUCCCUGCUAACUAUCAUAAGUUGAGAUAUUGUUUCAGUGCAGCUCAAAUGUUUGUUGGUUUUGUUGUGCUAAAAUAAACUUCUGAGGAGAAAACUGUUCCAAAAUAAUUCUGUGCAUGAAUCAGAGAGAAACCUCUUAAGCAUUCUUUUAUUGCUAGUGCACAGUUAAAGGUUUGAACUUGUACUGUGUCACUAGUCGAUUUAAACAUAAUGCAAACUGCUAGAUUUUUAUUUUAGGUGUAGUGCCUAGCUUGCUAUGUACGUUAUUUGAAACUGCAUGAUAUUUGUGCAUUUGCUUGAAAGGCCUUAUUGUAGCUGUGUGAUUGGGCAGUGUUGGUCGUGCAUGAUUUGUAUGCAUUUGCACAACUGAGUGUGGAACUGUUGACUUUUCUGUACCCUUGCAAAGCUGGUGACUGAUUUUGGGCCGAGCAAGUAAAAGGUCUGUUACUUCUAAUGGAUAACUUGGCAAGUUAAAUAUAAUAAUUUGAAAGCAGUGUCACCAUGUAAAAGAUAAAUUGGGGAAAUGAGCAAACAAAAGUAAUACUUAAGAUGCAGUGUACAUGAUCCUUCGUUGUUUAAAAGAAAAUAUUUUCAUGUUCAUGGAGUUUAGCCAUGACUGGUAGCAAGCUGGAAAAAAUGAAAGCAAUAAAUGUGUAU